GCUCAACUAAUUGACUUUGUAUUGACACGUUCAGCAAAGAAAAGGAAUUAUUCUUCCAUCUGCUAAAGAUAUUCACUCUGCCCUUCAGGCUGUUCACUCCAUGUGCAAUUAAUUAAUGAAAGUGUUGUUUAUCAUUAAUGGAAAUGCACAUAACCAACCAAUUAUUGCUUUAACUGCCAAAAUAUCAGUAAGGAGUUGGUAGCCUGUUCACUCUCUGCAAGAAAAUCCACUUACAGAGAAAAAACAAAGGAAAAGAUGUCUCUGACACUACUGUCAGUGUUGGGCCCCAUCUCAGUGUCUGAGAGUCUUGUGGCCAUCAUUACAAUAUGCAUCGUGUAUCUCCUCAUGCGCCUCAUGCGCACUAAGAUUCCAGAAGGGCUCAAGAAGCUUCCUGGUCCAAAACCUCUUCCCAUAAUCGGAAACGUCCUAGAAGUUGGGAACAAUCCACACCUCAGUCUGACUGCCAUGAGCAAGUGCUAUGGCCCUGUCUUCCAAAUCCAGAUUGGCAUGCGUCCGGUGGUGGUGCUCAGUGGAAACGAGACCCUCCGCCAGGCCCUCCUCAAGCAGGGCGAGGAAUUCGCUGGGCGACCUGACCUCUACAGCUCCAAAUUCAUCAGUGAUGGGAAGAGCUUAGCCUUCAGCACGGAUCAGGUCGGAGUGUGGCGUGCCCGCCGUAAACUGGCACUGAGUGCCCUGCGAUCAUUUGCAACCGUGCAAGGAGAAAGUGCUGAAUAUUCUUGCGUUCUUGAGGAGCACGUCAGCAAAGAGGGACUCUAUCUGAUAGAAAGAUUGCACACCGUCAUGAAGGCCAAUGGAAGCUUCGAUCCAUUCCGUCACAUCGUGGUAUCCGUGGCCAACGUGAUCUGCGGAAUAUGUUUCGGCCGUCGUUACAGCCAUGAUGAUGAAGAGCUGGUUGGUUUGGUCACCAUGAGCGAUGAGUUUGGAAGGAUUGUGGGUAGUGGCAACCCUUCAGAUUUCAUCCCAUUCCUGCGGUUCCUGCCCAGCAGAUCCAUGAAGAAGUUCCAAGACCUCAAUGCUCGAUUCAGUAACUUCAUACAGAAGAUCGUGAAGAACCACUAUGACACCUUCGACAAGGAUAACAUCCGUGACAUCACUGAUUCGCUCAUCGAUCAAUGCGAAGACAGAAAGCUGGAUGAGAACUCAAAUGUCCAAGUGUCCGAUGAGAAGAUUGUUGGAAUCGUCAACGACCUCUUUGGAGCUGGUUUUGACACUAUCAGUACAGCUCUCUCCUGGGCUGUUGUCUAUCUAGUGGCUUACCCUGAGAUCCAGGAAAAACUACACAGAGAACUUAAUGAAAAGAUUGGAAUGGACCGUACCCCUCGUCUGUCAGACAGAUCUAAACUGCCGCUGCUUGAGGCCUUUAUUCUGGAGAUCUUUCGCCAUUCAUCUUUCCUUCCGUUCACAAUCCCUCACUGUACCACCAAAGACACGUCACUCAAUGGAUACUUCAUUCCAAAAGACACCUGUGUGUUUGUAAACCAGUGGCAAGUCAACCACGACCCAGAACUUUGGAAAGAUCCAUCAUCCUUUAACCCUGAUCGGUUCCUCAGUGCAGACGGUACAGAACUCAACAAGAUGGAAGGAGAGAAGGUGCUGGUUUUUGGCUUGGGGAAGCGCCGUUGCAUCGGUGAGAACAUUGGACGUGUUGAGGUCUUUCUGUUCCUGGCCAUCCUGCUGCAGAGGUUAAAGUUCAGCGGAACAGGAGAAAUGCUGGACAUGACGCCCGAGUAUGGGCUCACCAUGAAACACAAGAGCUGUCAGCUGCGGGUCACACCACAACAUGGGUUUGAACUUAAUAGCGUUGCAUCGUGAUCUAAAUGAAAGUUCAUUAAGUUAAGUCAUUUUCAUUUAAUGCUUUUCGCAACACACAUCGUUUCAAAGCAGCUUUACAGAAAAUCUUGCAUUAACAGAAAAUGAAACUGUAAUAUCUAUAAAGUCUUCAUCAUAGUGUAGUUUGAUUAAAUCUGAUUGUAAAUUGUGUAUAAAGAUAAAUAAUUAAUUAAUUGCUUUUAGAACCCCAGUGAGCAAGCUGAAGGCGACUGUGGCAAGGAACACAAAACUCCAUAAGAUGUUUGUUAAUGGAGAAAAAUAACCUUGGGAGAAACCAGACUCACUGUGGGGGCCAGUUCCCCUCUGGCUAGACAGCAUGAAUAUACUGUAAUGCCAAUAUUAAUUAUUUGUGUGCAGCGCAAGUCAUGGUUUAAAAUUAGUAAUCUAAGUAAGUGUUAAGGGCCAGUGAUUAAACAAAUAUUUUGUAUGAACUGUAAGAUUAAUGACUAAUGUCUUUGAAGUCCUUCCUGGAUUAACUGCAGAAGUUCACAUAGAAGCAUUGUCCUUUGUUAGUUGGCUGAUGAAGGCUUUUGUUGGCAAUUAACUGAUAGUCUAUGUAUUCCAUUUUAAGAGUGUAGUCCAUCAUUAGACCAAGGUGAUGCAGGCAGAGAUCAGUGACAUGCAUCUCAGUUCAACCUGUGAUUUAAGUCCAGUGAAAAGUUCAACAUCAGCUCACAAUGCCAAAUAUUUGAAAGAUGUUUGUAUCAACUCUGAUGCAGGUAAAUGCAUCUGGUGCAUUUGACUGCAGUUAUUUUAACCGUGCUGGACUGCAGAGCUCAUAACCCCGAGUCUGCACCCAGAUUCAUCAUCUCUUAUGUACAUACAUCUUCGAUUCAAAUGCAGAUUCACGUUCACAGCUGAAACGUGGAUUCAAACUCUUUCAUCCUUUCACAAAUAUUCAAUAUUUGUGCUUCCAAAUAUAGUGCAGAGUAGUGCAAAUAACACAGAGUGUCUGUCACAACUUUGCACCUUAAGCUGCUUUCAUGCCAGUCUGUCAAACGAUGCCUUUGAUUGUCAUAAGCUUUAUAGAGAUUCCUCAAACCACUGCGCGUCUACUAGACGACACAAACUGAAGCUAUUUUCUAAUAUUAAAUUACGAUCCCAAAAUGUGAUCCAUGUGUAAAUAUACAGCCACUAUUACCAUUUGCUUGAUCUUCUGUUUGUUCAUGUUGUUGAAAUAUCUACUGUUUUGUAUUUAUCAAGGUGCUUCCAGAAAUUCGAUAUUAUUAAUGAUCAAUCUAGAUUUUCUUCCCUGAAAUAAUGUUUUUGUUGUUUAAUUGUUUAAUCUACGACCUGAUAUUUUCUGUGGCAGGUAAUUUGUAUUUUAUUUUGUAAAAAAUUGUUUGUAUAAUGAAGGAAUUUAACAUCUGAAGUACUAAAGAUGUCAUUUACAGUAGUAAAUAAUUACUGCAAUUGUGCUCUCAUAUCAACUCUGUGAGCGGCUGCAUUGCUUUUGCAGAACCUAUUUAUGAUUGCUGAAUGAACAAUAAAUCUCAAUAAGUCUC